UGUAGUUGCAGUUGGGUCAUAUGCACUGUUAACAACAACAACAACAACAAUCGCUCUUGUGAUGUGUCUGCAAUCAACUUUGUGUAAUCUUUAUUACUGAUAUUCCCUGUUGCAGAAUAUUAAUUAAUGCAUUGAUUGUGUCAAAUUGCCGAGGUACUACAUAACUACAUUCAGUGCUAUAUACAUACAUAUAAAUAUAUAUAUAUAUAUAUUUAUAUAUAUUGAAACAAUAAGAAGAAACAGUGGAAGUUGUGUGAAGACGUUGGUUAGGAAUGUUCCAGGUUUUCAUUAGAGAUCUGUGAGCUUUUCUAAUCGUUUUGCCAACAUGAGUACCGAACUAUACAAGAAAGAAAAGUCUCUGAAAUCUAAGCACAGUGCUUCUUUACUUAGUAAUAACUUGACUGUACAAGUGCUUCUGUCCGAAAGCUCUGUUCGUUAUGGAAUCGUACACAAAACUCUGGUUGACAUCGUGACAGCUUCUCUUGACGGCUCCAUGGUAACGAGCAAGCAAAUUUAUUUCAAGGAUCCAUCGGUGCCAGGUAGCUCUAUGCAGACUGUCAUGCAGGCCAAAUGGGUAACACUAGGUAUCCAGAGAACUAUUUUGGUGAUUACUGCACAAAGAGGUAUUCAGUUCUUUGAACCUGAUGGAACCUUAUUGUUUUGGUAUAACUUAACUGCGGAUGAAAGUGAAUGUACAAGCAUGUACAUGAGAGGUAUUGCUGCUGUUGGCUCAAAUUUUGUAUGUGUAGGUUCACAUACAGGAGAAAUUCUGUACUUCAAAGUUCCUCUGAAGGGAAAGACAAUCACUUAUUCAGGAAAAAUAUCAGAACACAAGGCUGGCAUUUGUUGUUUGACUGCAGCAGAUAAUCUUAUGGCUAGUUGUGAUAUGGAGGGAAACAUUUUCUUAUGGAAGCUGUCGACUAAUGAUGUUUUUGUGCCUAUGUUUAGAAUCCCAGGUUACAGGAGUCCUUGUAGUACUAUUGCAAUAUGGAAUGAGUGCAUAGUUGGUGGCUAUGGCUCGGGGCACCUGAGGGUUUUCUGUGCCAAAACUGGAGCACUUGCUGCUGAAGUAGCUGCUCAUACUCGCUGGAUUAAUGCUGUUGAUAUUGCACCAAAAACUGGCUUGGUGAGUUGCUACACAUUGAUUGAUGAAUUUAAAUAUGCGUCUUCAGUUUACAUCCACUGUAGAUAUUUUGCAGUGUAUUUGAGUGUUUGCACCAUUUCAGUUACCCGUGGGAAACAUUUAGCAAAUGUUCUGAGAGUCUUAUUUGCAAUAAGAGUUGUCAGAGCCAAGGUAACACUUGACAAAUGGGAGACAGUUGGUGGCUAUGGCUCGGGGCACCUGAGGGUUUUCUGUGCCAAAACUGGAGCACUUGCUGCUGAAGUAGCUGCUCAUACUCGCUGGAUUAAUGCUGUUGAUAUUGCACCAAAAACUGGCUUGGUAUUAUCUGCUGGAGAAGAUUCAUUUGUGAGGUUGUGGUAUUUGAGUAAAGAUCCAUUCCCACAGAUUUCUGUUGCUGGAAGCCAGUACCAUGUUGACAGUCAAAUAGUUGGAAGUUGUUUCGUCCAAGAUGAAGGGAAAGUCAUAGCUUGUACAGCUUAUGAUAAAAACGAAAUUUUGUUUCUAGUUUCUUCUUAGUCUUCAAUUGAUAAUAUCAUAUGAAGUUUAGUCAUUUUUGUCAAAUUUGAUAACUGUUGGCAAUUUCUUAGACUCACUAGGAAAUGAUCAAUUUUUUUUUUUUGAACAGUUAUGUAUAAUUUCAAAGAAGGUCAAAAUUUGAACCAAACUAUUAACUGUAAUUUGUCAUCAUUUGGAGUAACUAUUACACAAUGUUAUCAUCAUAGUUUGCUGGAAAUAGAUCUUGCUAGAUGUUAUAACUCUUGACAAUAGCAAAUUAAUGUCGAGUACGUAAACAUCCCAUAUACAAUGAUUGCAUUAACUCUGGGUUUCUUUAUUUUUAGUUAUUUGUUGUUUUUUGCUGCUGUUUUCCAUAUUUUUUUUCCAUUUUUUUUUAAUUGUGGAAAUUUAUUUGGUGCACACAUGACUCAGCAAAAUGAAUGAGACUAAUACUUGAAGAUUUCAGAAAAUAUGAGCAAAAACUAAGUUAAAAUGUUUGAAUUCAUUACAGUUCAUAUGUUAGAAAAUAUUUAAGAUAAUAUUUUACUAGAGUUAAUUGAUCGUUUUAAGAUAUUGAAACAACCAAAUUUUAGUUUCAAAAUAAUCCAUUUAAAUCUCAAUUUAAUCUCCUCCGAGACGGGAGAGAAUUUGUUUGUAAUUCUGUUUUUUACGAUCUGAUCUGUUGUUUCCAAAUAUUUGUUAAUUGCAUAAUUCCUUAUAGAGUUCAGUGUUGAGUUUAAUUACUAUUCAUGCUGAUUAAAACAAUUGAAUAUCAUUGAUAAACACUUAUCAUCAGUUAUACUGCUGCUUAGAUUCUAUGGGGAGGUUUUUGUUACAUAUCAUGAAGAACUUAAUCUUAGACUCAGUUUUGAAAAAGAAAAAAAAAAGAAAAAAAAAAUAUCCGUCCAACUUGUGUAACAUGAACUUUUAUUUUGAUGUUAUUUUUUUAUUUCUUUCCGUCCAUUGUAUCUUCAACAGCUGAUAGAAAGGACAUCGUUCAACUUGUUUAUAUUUACUUUUUGAUAAGCAAAUUCUUUCUUUUAUUCUUUUACUGAUUUUAAUCAUAAGACUGUGACCAUUCUGGGGGACUGCCUUUAAGGGUUUUCAGUCAUUCAUAUCAACCCCAGUACCCAUUUCAGUCUGGUAUUUGUUUUAUUACCUUUUGAUGCAAAGAGAUGCAGCUUGAUGCAUCAUGAAGAGAACAUGAUUUUUUUUUUUAAAUACUGUUCCGUUUGAUCUCAAUGUGUGUAUUUUUUAUGUAAAAUUAUUUCAAUAUAUUAUUUUCAUCCUGAAAAAUUACUUUAAACUUUGUUGAAUAUCCGGGGAGCUAUGAAUUUACAUUGUUAAACAAAUAUAGACAUGGUUUUCUUUGAAGUAGGUUUUUUUUUUUUUUAUGGUCAGGCUGGUUUUUCUAGAUUUACCAUAAAAUUCUAACUGAAUUAUGGCACAAAUGAUAGAGGAAUUAUCUUAAUUUUUCAGCAUUUGGAUUUACUCUGUCAAAUGUGAUGCCAAUUUAUUCACAUUGUUUUCAAUUGAUCAUCCAUUAUCUCAUAGCUUUGAGAUUUUGAUGAUGCGGUUGCAUUUUUUUAGAAUGAUAUUGUAGGGUAGGUGAGAGAGGCCAGAUCUGGCGAGUUUGAAUGCUAAAGGGUUAGACAAUCACCAUCCACGUCAUUACAGCAUGUAGAAGUUUUAUCCAAAAGUUUAACACUCAACAUAUUCCUGUCUUUUAUAAAAUAUAACUUUGUAAUGCUUCAUCUUGCAAUAACAGGCUGUUCUGAGUAAUGGCUUGGAUUAAAAUAUCUCUUUGUAUGUAGCUCAAAAAAACAAAAAAAACCCAAUACUCAGACAAGGAAUAAACAAACUAGUGCUAAACACACAAAAAAUAUAAUAAAUAGCACUACAAGGCUGCAUAAUAUUGAAAAAUUGAGGAAGAGCAGAUUAAAACUAAAAGAUGGAGCAUAAAGAUGGUUUGUGAGGGACCAAUUGCUAGUUAUGGCUACAGACGUAUUAACUGAAAAGUUUUUCCAUUUAUGACUGUUUUCAUUUCCUUUAAAAUGUUAUGGUUACAAGACUUUACGAUAUUUAAUAUCUUUCACAAAAUAUCAUUGUUGGUUUUUCGGUUACUCUUGCUUGUUAUUCAUUUCAUGUAUACACCUUAUGCAAACUUACAAGCCACAAAUAACAAAUCUUAUUUCUUUUGAUAUACAUACCAUAUUGUUUUUUUUGUGUGUGUGUGUGUGUUGAAAUUUUUAUGAGUUAAAUUGAAUAACUAUAUUUUGUAAGUGACUGUAAAAAUUGUUCAUAUCUAAAUGGAUUUUUUUUCUCCUUAAUUAGAAGUUAUCAUAAAUUAGAUAUUUACCUGCAAGUGCUUAUUGAUCCUAUGUUUGUAUUUCAUAUUUGGAUUAUAGAAAUAACAUCACUUCAAUCACAGAUAGAACGACAUCAAAAGAAUGUUCAGGUAGAAAAUUCAGUCGUAGUAGAUGAAUGUUUCAAGAAUGAAUAUUUAUCAUUAUCUUCCUUUUAUUUCACUUCAUUAUUCUUCUAUUUUUAUCAGUUUGGUGCAUUAACCAAUCAUACUACUAGUACAUGGUAUCCAUUAUUAUUAUUUCCUUAUUUUCAUGAAUAACAUGGAUGUAGAAAAUUGUCCACGAGAAUGGUAGAAACACUUCAGAACUGGCUAAUUGCAAUUUGUUAUCAAUAUGGUUUAAAUUAUCAAGAAUAAAACACUAUCUGUUGAAAGACAAAUUUAUUAAAUCUCUUUUAAGAAAUUUCAAGUCAAUAAACUAGAGCAGGGUACUUAUAAUAUUUCUUUUACUUAAGGGAGCUAGCUGGCAGAAUCAUUGAAUAUGCUGGAUAAAAUGCUUAGCGGCAUUUUGUCCAUCUUCUUGUUCUAAGUUCAAAUUCUGCUGCGGCUGACUUUGCCUUUCAUCCUUUCAGGGUCGAUAAAAUAAGUACCAGUUGAAUACUGGGGUUGAUGCAAUCGACUUAACCGUCUCCCCCUAAACUUGCUGGUCUUGUGCCAAAAUGGGAAAUCCAUAUUUCUUAUACAUACACAGUGACAUUUUCCUGAACAUAUUUAAAACAAAACACAGUAUAUAUAUAUAUAUAUCUAUAUGGAGCCUGGUGUUGCCAUCUGGUUUCACCAGUCCUCAGUCAAAUCGUCCAACCCAUGCUAGCAUGGAAAGCGGACAUUAAACGAUGAUGAUGAUGAUGAUAUAUAUAUAUAUAUAUAUACACACACACAUGUAUGUCUAAGCAUAUCUCCUUAAAAUUAAUGCAAGUUUUAAAUGAAAUUCAAACUCUUCAAAAGUCAUAAAUUAAGCUUUUGUUGACAGUAUAUAUUUUUUCAAUAUGACCUCUUAUAUAAUAAUUUAUCAAGAAACGCAAUUAUAGUUUUUCUUAUCCUUAUCUACCUGCACAUUAUUUCUAUCUCAAAUCCUCUAUAAUUAUCUGAAUCAGCUAUCACAUUGAUUGAAGUCUAAUGAUGCAGGGCACCAAAUAUAAGAGUAGCCGAAAUUGAGGAAAAAUUAUUUGCAUCAUCCUGCAUCAGAAUAGUUUAUUUUCAAAACUGUCAAAGUAAAUGUUCUUGAAGCAUGAAAAAUCUAGCUUUCACCAUUCACAGAAUCAUUAAAGUCAAAGAAAGAAAGAAGGAAAAUUUUAAAGAUGUUGGAUAUUUCUUGGUGAAAAUUCCAUUCACAAGAGUACAGUUUAAAAAUUGUUUUUUUAAAAAAAUUAUACUUAUGCAAAUUUGCAGCUAAUCCAAAAUUCAUUUAAAAAAUCAAUUUGAUGAAUUUACUCAAACGUUUAAUUUGCAUGAAUUUCGAGAUGUAUAUAUAUAUAUAUAUAUAUAUAUAUAUAU